UCUUCUCUCGCCUGAGCAAUCUGCAUCGCGGGGUUUGGUUGUGCCGCUUUCUGCACGCCAAACGCGGAUCUGCCUGCCGCCACCUUCGAGCCUUCUUUUCUUCUCCGAUUCUGCCCCGCUACUCUUCACCUUCGAUCGCGUCAUUCAAUUGCCGGGUAACCUGCUCACGCCAAUUGUGCCGCCACCAUGGUCCGAAAUAUCGUGGUCCUCGGGGGGAAUUCGCAUCCCGCCCUCGUGGAGAGCGUGUGCAACAUUCUCGCUCUUCCCCCGUGCAACCGCAUCCUGACCAAGUUCUCGUCCGGAGAGAGCCGCUGCGAGAUUCAGGACUCGGUGCGCGGCAAAGAUGUCUACAUCAUCCAGACCGGUUUUGGCGGCAACGGGAGCACGCUCAACGACCACUUCAUGGACCUGUGCAUCAUGAUCUCGGCCUGCAAGACCGGCUCGGCCCGCAGGGUCACGGCCGUCCUGCCCCUCUUCCCCUACUCGAGGCAGCCCGACCUGCCCUACAAGAAGGCCGGUGCUCCUCUCUUCAAGGCUGGCUCGGAGAGCGGCAGGAAGGACUACACCUUUGAGAGUGUCCCGGCCACCCCGGCACCUGGCGUCCCCCGCACUGCCGGGCUCGUCAGUGCCACCGACAUCACAAACCGCCUGACCAAGGAGACUUUGCCCAAUGGCACCAGCUCCAUGUCGCCCGUCAAGCAGGCUAAUGGACACAUCAACGGCGAGGCAUACUCUGGAGCAAACGGUCAGAGUUUCGCGACCCCUACGUCGGGCGUCAUUGGCAGUUAUACGACGCACGACUACGAGAACGUGUCCCACCUCGGGGUUUUCCAAGCAAAGCCGGGUUACAAGCAAUGGGUUGCCCAGGCCGGGACGCUGGUGGCCAAUCUCUUGACCUGUGCUGGUGCUGAUCAUGUCAUUACUAUGGACUUGCACGACCCUCAAGUCCAAGGAUUCUUUGACAUCCCUGUCGACAACCUCUACGGCAGGCCGCUCCUCAAGCGGUACAUUCAGAUGAACAUCCCAAAUUACAAGGAUGCCGUCAUCAUCAGCCCCGAUGCCGGCGGCGCGAAGCGUGCGACGGCAAUUGCAGACAGCAUGGGCGUCGAGUUUGCCCUCAUCCACAAGGUAACAUCUCCUUGUUUCCCCUCUCGGCCACUUACCAACCCUUCUUUGCUGCAGGAACGCCGCCCCACCAAGAUCACAGACAGGCAAAACGCGAGCAUGAUGCUUGUCGGCAACGUAACGGACCGUGUCUGCAUCCUUAUCGACGACCUUCUAGAUACGGGUAACACCAUCACGCGCGCGGCAAAGCUUCUCAAGAAAGAGGGUGCCACCAAGAUUUAUGCACUCCUCACCCACGGCGUCUUCAGCGGAGAUGCCAUCAACCGUGUCAAGGCUUCGGCGAUUGACAAGCUGGUCGUCACCAACUCAGUGCCGCAAGACGAGCACAAGGCGCUGCUGGGCUCCAGGCUCGACGUCUUGGACAUCUCGCCCAUCUUCUCCGAGGCUAUCCGGCGCGUGCACCACGGCGAAUCGAUCAGCGUCCUCUUCAACUACGACUAAUCAAUGGCGUGGAUCUUGGGCUAUAAAAAGAAAAGGUGCGCAUCGCACAUACAUCACAUUUGGCUUUUUUCCCUUCCCCGUUUUCUAUCUGUCCAUCUUUUGCAGGUGGUGUCUUUGGUGCCUUGGACAGUAUAGAAAAAGACACUGCAUUGGUGGUCACCGUGGAAUGUCCGCCUUUGGGGCGUUUACCCACACGAGAGUCUCUCCUUGACGCCCGGGGGUU